GUAAUCUGUAACAUGGAGUAAUGGAGAGAAGGAUCUAGGGGCAAUUAUUUUUCCAAUAUUAUAGCUUUUGCGCAUUUUCUUCGUAAUGAUGGUCCAGUAGACGAAUUUGUGAAACACAAUCAUGCCACCCACGAUCCAAACAGGCCCGCGGGAUGAUAGGGAUAGAAAACAACGACCCGGCGAAAGACGAUCUGAUCUAGUAUGCAGAGUAAAAUACAACAAUACCCUACCAGACAUUCCAUUUGACCCAAAGUUCAUAACAUACCCAUUUGAAUCAAACAGAUUUAUCCAGUACAACCCGACAUCGUUGGAGAGAAGUUACAAAUAUGACUUGCUCACAGAGCAUGACUUGGGUGUCAAUAUUGACCUCAUUAAUCCCUCAACUUACAUGAUAGAUCCGAAUGCAUACCUGGAAAGAGAAGAUGAGAAAUUGCUGGAAGAGGAUCUUAAUACACCAGGGGACUCAAAGAGAUCCCGACAUCACCAGACAAAUGUAUCCUGGCUGAGGAAAACAGAGUACAUCUCCACAGAGUUCAACAGAUUUACUCCAAAGGCUGACAAAGCUGAAGCCAAAGUUGGAUUUCGGAUAAAACAGAUGAUGAAAGAUGAGGAUCUGUACAAGGACAGAGAGAGUCAGAUCAAUGCUAUAGAGAAGACAUUUGAAUAUGCCUCCAGACCUAUUAUGAAACAUCACAGCAAACCUGGAGUAACACCACUGGAGGUGUUGCCAUGUUUCCCUGACUUCACAUUGUGGAAGCAUCCAUUCGCUCAAGUCAUCUUCGACUCAGACCCAGCCCCCAAGGGGAGAUCACUCCCUGCUCAGAUGGAGGAAAUGUCACAAGCCAUGAUCAGAGGAGCUGUGGAUGAGAGCGGGGAGCAGUUUGUGGCUUACUUCCUGCCAACUGACGAAACGAUGAACAAACGGAAAGCUGAGGAGACGGAGGGCUUAGACUACACCCCUGACGAGGAGUAUGACUACAUGUUGGCUCGAGAGUACAACUGGAAUGUGAAGAACAAACUGUCCAAAGGGUACGAGGAGACAUAUUUCAUGGUGUUCAGAGAAGAUGGGUGCUAUUACAAUGAACUGGAAACAAGAGUUCGACUUAGCAAAAGAAGAAAGAUUGGUGCCAGUAACCAGGUGGCUAAGUCUAGAUUGGUUGUCAAGCAUAGAGAGUUGAAUGACAAGGAAAUUGCCGCCCAGGAGGCACGGCUCACCAUGCUUGAGCCACCACAGGAGGAAGAGGAGGAAGAAAUGGCUGAGGAAGAGGCAAACAAGGAUGGGACUCAGUCAGAUGAAGAGUUCAAGAGUGGCAGUGAGAAGGCUGGCUCGGAUGAUGACAACAGGAGUGUGAGGUCUGGCGCGUUCAGUCAAAGGAGCCAUAGCAGGAGUAGAAGCCGCAGCGGAAGUAGGAGCAGGAGUCGUAGCAGGAGUGGCAGCAGGAGCAGAAGCGGGAGUCGUAGCAGAAGCGGAAGUCGCAGCAGGAGUCGCAGUAGAAGUGGCAGUCGGAGCAGAAGUCCGAGCGGUUCUCGUAGUGGAAGUGGGAGUGACAAGGCCGGCAGUGGCAGUGAGAGUGAAGAGGAGAAUAAAGAUGGGAAGAAGGAUGAGGAAGAGAUCUUCGGUAGUGCCAGCAGUUCAGACAGUGACUAGUGUCGCUGUGAUGAGGGCUGUGUAUCACAGACAGAGAGGAGGGGAAGAACUGGUGAUUCAUUCUGCUGAAACAUACACUUUUGGAACUUAUUAGGAAAUGCCCUCCUAUGACAAAAAGAUUUUCAUUUGGCAUGUCUCUUUGUGUGUGUCACGCACGUGCAUGGAAAACAUUACGAUGGGCACUGCGCUUUCAUAAUGUUCUUCAUGAUGACUAGAUCGAGGUUUCAGAUCUUAACAGCACAAUUUUUUGUAAAAUAAUGCAGAGAGAGAGCACAUGUACAUAAUAAAUAAUAACUUGAAAUCGUAAGGAAAGCGUCAUUGUGUCUAGAGUGUGUCAAAUCGAAACAGAUAUAUAUGGUUCUUUGUCUCUGCAUCAUAUUGAUUUACAUCAUGUAUUUUUGUAUAAAUCAUAACAUUUACAACCAGGCCACCAUUUUUACUAGGCAAUGAAUGAGGACAUUUUGGUGACGA